AUGACGGCACCGACAGGGCUGGCCGCCUUGGCAAGCUACGAGGAAAGCGGAAGCGGCAGCGACGCGGGCACCGACGCCUCCGAUGGCCAACUGCGAGCUUCCAGCCCUUCAACAGGGUCCUCCAAGGUUUCUUGUGCCUUAGAGGCAUUCCGAUGCUUCGAUCCUGGUGCCGAGCUCCAUGGAAGCCAGGUGCUGGGGCUGGCAGAUGAAGCCUCGGAUGUGGACAUCUUAUCAUCCAAGCCUGUCCAUCAGCUACUUAAGGCUCUGCGUAACCAGAAGUUGCACGAUUUCGAGCUAUCAGAGUCGGUUAUGGCCGCAAGGAUACCUCGAGUGAUUGUGAGGCAUAGAAAAACAGGCCUUCUUCUUGACGUGGUGGAGUCGUGCCGCGAUCCUCAUGCACAUGCCAAAGAUGCACUGGUGCGCAGUUGGUUGGACUUGGGGGCAGAUGUUCGCGAGCUGGCUCUUGACAUAAAGUGUUUUGCCAGGGCAUACCAGAGUCAACUACCACGGGAACAGGGUUGGCUGGACUUCAUUGCAGCCGAUGCGCCCAGAGUCAUGAACUUGGCUCAGGGCGGGUCGAUUGCUGAGCCCAGUGAAGGCCGAUCUUCUGGGCUUUCAAGAGAUGUGGGGCUGCAGGAUUGGGGGCGCUUCAUCCAGGGGGCGGUACUGGCAACUUGUGGAGCCUGUGUCGGGGAGGACAUCAGCUCUUUGCUUCAGGCAUUUCAUGACACAUCCGCGGAGACCGGAGCCGAGGGGGCCUCGGCUCUCUUCCGGUCUGACGGAAAUGAGAUCUCGCGGCGAGAGCUGGAGAGGCAGAUCCAAGAGCUCCGCCGAGACAAGGUGAAGCUGGAUGACAGCAUUCGAAAAAUGGAAUCUACCCAAAAGCGCAUUUUUGGUGAAGAGGGAGAAAGGGCGAGAUUAACGGCACUUCAUGCCCAAGAUGAAAAGAAAGAAGAUGGCGAACAGGAAGCUGGAGAAGACAAGAAAGACGAGGACGACGACAAGAAGGAAGAGAAGAAGGAGGAGGAAAGCGAAGAUACCAAGAAGCGUAAGCGUGAGGACGAUAUCGAACGCCGAAAAAAGGAGGGACGGCCGACCAAAGCUGACCCAAGAAGCCGCAACCUCUUUGGGAAGCUGCUGGGCCAUCUUCACUCGGCGAAAGACAGGUUGCAGAAGGAGAAGACGAGCAAGAUGGGCGAGCUUCAGCAGAAGGCCCUGAGCAGAGUGGAGGACAAGGUCAACCUCAACAAGAUGAACAUCAAGGAGUUCAGAAAAGGACAGUUCGAGAAGCAGCUGCAAGAGGAGCAGGCGAAGGCAGCAGAGAUCGAGAAGCAGAUUGAGGAGAAGGAAGUUCUUCUGCUGCAGCGCCGCCUCGAGAACCACUACUCACUGAUGAUGAACUUCAUCAGGACAGAGGUGCAGCCUACCAUCUUCUUCCUUCCAAACAAGCACACCCGUGACACGGAGAAGCAGCUCGAAGAGUCACGCGAUGCACUGAAGAACAAGAUCGCCACCCUGAGGAUGCAAUUCCGCCAGGAGGCUGCCAAGGCUGCUGCGGCAGCGGAGGCCGAAGCCAAGGAGCAGGGCGAUUCCAAAGGAGCUGGUUCCGGUGCAGCAGAUAUGGAAGCAGAGGAGCCGCAGCCCGAGGCGGCCCAAGGCUCGAACCAAGAGCCGGAGGAAGAUGCCGCCGCAAGUGACAGCUCUUAG